AUGGCAGAGAUUGUGAUAUCAAUCGGGUCAAAGCUUGCAGAAUAUUUGGUGGCUCCAAUUUCACAAGGAGCUACUUAUUUGUUUUGCUUCAAGCAGUUCAUUGGAGGUGUUGAGAAAGCAAAACAAGAGCUGGAGGCAAAACUAGAAGACGUGAAAAAGCGUAAAGAAGAAGCUGAUCGAAAAACUGAAGAAAUAAUGCCAUCCGUGAAGAAGUGGUUGGACGAUGUGAAUGCAAUCCUAGAAGAGGUGCAAAAGCUGCAACAAGAGCUUGAAGGAGGACCAAACAAGUGUUUUAAUGUGUCACUCAGAUAUUCUUUAGCAAAACGAAUGGAAAAUAAAGCUAAGCAAAUGACAGAUCUCAAACAAAAUUCUAGCUUUGAGCCAUUUUCCCAACUGAUCCAACUUCCUGGCAUUACUUACUUCUCUUCCAAAGAGUUUAUGGCUUUCAACUCAAGGAAAUCAACUUAUAAUCGUCUUUUGGAGGCAAUUAUAAAUGGCAAAAACAAGAUGGUGGGACUAUAUGGUAUAGGGGGCUCAGGCAAAACCACUUGGGCAAAAGAAGUGGGCAAGAAAGUGGAUGAGCUGAAGCUUUUUGACAAGGUCAUCAUGGUAGUUGUUUCUAAACCCCUAAAUAUUCUGAACAUUCAGCAGGAAAUAGCAGGGCAAAUAGGCUUACAACUUCAAGAGCCAACUCAACUUACUAAAGCACAAAGGCUGUCAGAAGGAUUGAAAAAUAAGAAGAUUCUUAUAAUCCUGGAUGAUGUGUGGAGCAAACUAAAGCUUGAAGAUAUUGGAAUUCCAACCACUGGAGGUUGUCAUAUCUUGUUGACCACUCGCCUUCGAGAUGUAUGUGUCUCUAUGGAUUGUGAGAGUAAAAUUGAGUUGUCUCUCUUAACAGAGGAAGAGGCAUGGGCUUUGUUCAAGAUGCAUGCUAACACAACUAGUGUGUCAACGAAUGAGUUCGAUAGCAUCGGAAGGAAGAUUGUUGAUGAGUGUAAGGGUUUGCCUAUAGCAAUUGUAACAGUUGGAAGCACAUUAAAAGAAAAGAGUAUUCAUACGUGGAGAUCAACAUUAGAAAGGCUACGACAUCCCCCACCACUGGAUAUUGAAGAUGAUUUGAAGACCCCUUAUGUAACUCUCAAAGUAAGUUAUGAUAAUUUGUCGAGUCCGCUAGCUAAGUCGCUCUUCAUAUUGUGCUCUAUGUUUCCUGAGGAUCAUGAAAUCCAUAUAGAGGAUUUAAUUCGUUUUGGCAAAGGGACUCUUAAGCUUGGUGAAAGAAUUUACACAAUGGAGAAAACAAGGAAUAGGGUUUUAGCUAACAUUGAGAAAUUGUUAGAUUCUUCUUUGUUAAUGCAUACCAGUAAGCAGGCACAUGUAAAAUUGCAUGAUGUGGUUCGAGAUGUAGCCUUGUGGAUUGCAAAGGAGCAAUGUCAAGAAGUUCUGGUGGACAACCAAGAAAUUUCAGAGAUGUUAAUUGGUAACCACCAAAGUUUGGAAGAUACAAAGGCAGUGUCAUUGUGGAAUUUGGAUGAGGAUCUCGAGCUCUCUAAACAAUUGCAUUUUCCAAAACUUGAGAUUCUACUACUUCAACCAUAUGGGUUCAUUCGAGAUAUUGGAGCAAUGGAGUCACUCAAAGUCUUGGCACUCAUAAGACAUGGAUUUGAGUGGGAAUUGCGGAGGUGGGAUCCAACUUUUUGUUCAAUUCCACAAUCAAUUGUAUCAUUAACUAAUCUUCACACCUUAUGCCUUAGAGGGAAAAAUUUGGGGGACAUAUCUCUUUUGGGUGAACUUAAAGGAUUGGAGAUUCUUGACUUACGUGGUUCUCGAUUUGAUGAAUUACCUACUGGAAUUGUAGAUAUGAAAAUGCUGAAACUUUUGGAUAUAUUUGGUUGUCAAAUUGAGAAAAGCCCUUUAGAAGUAAUUGGAAGAUGUGAGCAGCUUGAAGAAUUAUACUUUUGGACGACAAAUCUGUCAUCCCAGAAAUUCUCUCUCUUUCAAAUUUGA